CUUGCAUUUCACUUGCUUUUACUAAUUAAUAUUUUAUGCAUGUGUCCAAACAAAUCAGAAAAAAGCUGCAGAAGAGGCCAAACGAAAAAACCUUUUGGCCUUACUAAAAGAGCGACAAAACAAAAGAAAACUGUCUCCACUCUGCCCAACUCCAAACAAAAAAACAAAAGCUGAUAACCUGUCCAACAAGGUUGAUGAUGGUGAGGAUAAGGUGGACGAUGAUGAUGAUGAUGAUGAUGGCGAUGACGACGACGAUGAUGAUGAUGAUGGUGGGGUUGUACCUGAAAAACUGUUUCAGGAGGCAAGACAAAAGCAACUAUUAUACAAAAAACAGGUCAACAAAAUGUCUCUGCAACUGCAGGAAACUAAACAGAAGCUAGAGGAGCACAUGAAACGAAGUGCAGAAGUUGAGGCGGAGAAUAAACAGCUACGUUCAUUAAACAUGCAACUGCAGCAACAGUUGCUAAAAUCACUCAACUCUUCAUCUGAUUCUAGACCACCAAAACCAAAGGGGACCAUAAAUGUACAAAACCCUCAGCAACAAAAACCAAAGAGCACCUUACAAAUUGCAGAGGCUGACUGUGAGCAGCAAUCACUAUCCAGACAAGAAGAUGAGAUUCAAUUGGUGAAACUUGGAGACAUCCAAAUCCGCAGUGACACCUGGACAGCAAUCCAAAAAAACACCAGGGAUUCUUUAUUUGUGAAAGAAUUGGCUGUGGCAUUCUGGGGCACAAAGACUCUGGGGGACAGAAGUCUCACAGGGAAAGAAUGCCCCACCACAAAAACUACAAAAAGACCUUUAACCCCACAGAAAUUACACACACUGAAAGCCUGCUUCAAGGAGUGGCUGGUGAAAGGGAAUGUGGAGGAGCCAGAGCUGCAGGCCAGAUUUUCAAAGGCUGGACGCUACAUUACUGAAAAAAUCAUGGACAUUAAAAAACAACAAAAAAAAUUAACAGUUAAUUGA